GACACGGACCGGAAGUGACGCAACCGACUUCCGGUUUUGCCGGAGCCCAGCGGUGGGUGUGAGAGUCGGUCUGGUGCGGCUUUUGGGAUCCUGAGAUCCGGAGAAGCCGGGGUCCGAGCGGCUCCUCAAGUCUUAUUAAUCUAUGAAAUGGCAGAGAAUGGAAAAAAUUGUGACCAGAGACGUGUAGCAAUGAACAAGGAACAAUACAAUGGAAACUUCACAGAUCCCUCUUCAGUGAAUGAAAAGAAGAAGAGGGAGCGGGAAGAAAGGCAGAAUAUUGUCCUGUGGAGACAGCCACUCAUUACCUUGCAGUAUUUUUCUCUGGAAAUCCUAGAAAUCUUGAAGGACUGGACCUCAAAAUUAUGGCAUCGUCAAAACAUUGUGGUGUCUUGUUUACUGCUGCUUGCUGUGCUUAUAGCUACGUAUUAUGUGGAAGGAGCACAUCAACAGUAUGUGCAGCGAAUAGAGAAGCAGUUCCUUCUGUAUGCCUACUGGAUAGGCUUAGGAAUUCUGUCUUCUGUUGGGCUUGGAACAGGACUGCACACCUUUCUGCUUUAUCUGGGUCCACAUAUAGCUUCAGUUACAUUAGCUGCUUACGAAUGCAAUUCAGUUAAUUUCCCUGAACCACCCUAUCCUGACCAGAUUAUUUGUCCACCCGAAGAGGGCAUUGAAGGAUCCGUUUCUUUGUGGAGCAUCAUCUCAAAAGUUAGGAUUGAGGCCUGCAUGUGGGGUGUCGGUACAGCAAUUGGAGAGUUGCCUCCGUAUUUCAUGGCCAGAGCAGCUCGACUCUCAGGUGCUGAGCCAGAUGAUGAAGAGUAUCAGGAAUUCGAAGAGAUGCUGGAGAAUGCAGAGGCUGCGCAAGACUUUGCCUCCCGGGCUAAGCUGGCAGUACAAAACCUAGUACAGAAGGUUGGAUUUUUUGGAAUUUUGGCCUGUGCUUCAAUUCCAAAUCCUCUGUUUGAUCUGGCUGGAAUAACAUGUGGACACUUUCUUGUACCUUUUUGGACUUUCUUUGGUGCAACCUUGAUUGGAAAAGCAAUCAUUAAGAUGCAUAUUCAGAAAAUCUUUGUUAUAAUAACGUUCAGCAAACACAUAGUGGAACAGAUGGUGGCUUUCAUUGGUGCUGUCCCCGGCAUAGGUCCGUCUCUGCAGAAGCCAUUCCAGGAAUACCUGGAGGCACAGCGACAGAAGCUUCACCACAGAAGUGAAAUGGGCGCCCCACAGGGAGAAAACUGGUUGUCCUGGAUGUUCGAGAAGCUGGUGAUUGCGAUGGUGUGUUACUUCAUCCUAUCCAUCAUUAACUCCAUGGCCCAGAGUUAUGCCAAAAGGAUCCAGCAGCGGAUAAAGUCAGAGGAGAAAACUAAAUAAGCAGGAAAUGUGUUUAACGGCAGGAACUAGAAUGGCUGGGUUCUGCCUUAAUUGGGAGGACUCAAAACCAGGCGAAAAACUUCCCUUUUCCGUCCUGUUUCAAUUUAACUUUUUCCCCCUGAAAACAGUUUAGUCCGUAUUUUGCACUGACAUACUUUUCCUUUGUGUGUUAAGGUAAGGUGUCCAUCCUCGAUUCAAUUCAAGUUGUGUUUUAUGAGGGUGGAUUGGGAUGUUCAGCAGCAAACUUAACAGAAACGGGCCUUCUAUUUGUUACUUUCAAAAGGCCCACGUAGUACAGUUAAAGAAUUCCAGACACCACGAAAAAAGUUCUAAGUAUGUUAACUGUGUCAAGCUUUUUAAGCUUGUCACAACUGCUUUGUUUUUCUAAAUCAUCAAAAUGUAUAUAAAUAUUAGAUGAAAUAACAGUCUUGCAUGUCUAUCAUGGUUCAAUUUAAUAUGCCAUCCUGCCCAGCCCUUCCUCUCCCACCUCCCAAAAAGAAGGCCGUUUUCUGAUGCGUCGCACACCCGUUGGGAAAUUGAUCUUUAAAAUUUUGAGACAGUGUAAGGAAAAUCUGGUUGGUGUCUCACAGAUGAGCUGACACCAUUUUUUAUUCUGUAUAUUUAGAAUGAAGUCGUGAAAAAAUCUUUAUAAAGACCUCUUUGAUCAUUCCAAAA